GCAUCAUUCACUCCCGACCUACCUUCCUUGCACAGACCAAACCAACCAACAACAAUCCGAUUCGUUUCCCCGUACCUCUCUUCCUUUCCUCGAGCGCGAUUGCUGUCCCAUAUCUCACGUGCUCGUGCACCAAGGACGAAGAGGAAGCAAGGCAGGGAGCCCAGAUACAUCACAACGAACAACAGCGCCUGUUUUCAUUUUUGCAGAGUGCCAGUUUGAAAAGCACGCACAACACACACUCUCCCUCUCUCUUCACCCACGCACAAGUCAUCAAGACGCAUCAAAGUCGUCAGCAACCGCAUCCAUCAACGCACGGGCACUUGCUUUGUGCUUGGACUAUCCGUGCCACCCGCCAACAUGGCGAUGACACGACGUGGCACCACACCAACCAUGUUGGUGGCCAGCUUGCUUGCAGCAGGCCUGGCGCUUCUCCUGUGUGUGGCUGUGCCACCCGCUUCUGCCGUCCUCUCCGCAAGGGCAACCAUCACUGAAGUCUUUCCCCGCUACGGCUCCCUUGAAGGAGGCACAUAUGUGACCAUCCGAGGCGCUGGUUUCGCCAGAGGAGGUGCCCAGGGAACGACUACCGUUUACAUCGGCAACACCAUCUGCAAGACCAUCGAGUACUACACAACCGACACGCAGAUUGUGUGCGUCAGCAAGCCCCAUCCGCAAGGCACGGUGAGCGUUCAGGUGGAGCUCAUCUCCAUCGACAACGCCCACUAUGCCGACUGCCGCACCUCCUGCAGCUUCCGCUUCCACUGGGAUCAGACCCCGUAUCUGCGGGAGAUUACGCGGUCCACCGUGCCCGGCGGCGACAUCAUGAUGGAGGGCUACUUCCGCGGCCGCACAUACGCCGACAACGACGUGCGCCUGUCCGGCAGCCUGUGCUCCUUCUACGACGAGGAGGAUGAGGUGCUGGUGGCCAGGACGUGGUACAGUGCCCGCACCACGUGCCGUCUUGCAGACGACAUUCGGGCCGGCCGCUACAACCUCACCCUCACCGCUAGCAACCCCAACAGCGUGUACAGCUUUGGAUACCAGUCCAACGACGACUCGCUCUGGGCCGUCGAUGUUGACGGCGGUAAGCCAUACACGGUGACAGUGCACCCGCAGGUGUCGCACAUCAGCCACUCCUCCUCGGGUCUGCUUGGCGGUUACAUCAUCACCAUCACGGGCUCCGGCUUUGACGACGACAACUGCAACGCAAACAAAGUGCUGGUCGCCGGUGUCCCCUGCAUCAUCACCACGUGCGAGCGCACGACACUCACGUGCGAGCUGCAGCCCUUUGCCGCCAACCCGCAGGCCCACCACACACCGACAGGCCUCAACCUUCGCGCGUGGAAUGGAAACCAGCCGUGGCCAUUUACGGCGCCCCAACUCGGCGCCCCAGACCUUGAGAUGACACAGAUGGCCGCACUGCAAGGCCUUGUCCAGAUUGACUCGUUCCCCCGAUACGCCUCUGAGAUUGUUGCGUACUUUGUGCCGCCGAUUACGGGCAACUACACGUUUUACGUGCGCUCCGACGACCAGGGCAGCCUGGAGCUGAGCACGGACGAGGACCCGGCAAACGCCCGCCGCAUCGUGCACAUUGGCUCCUACUCGUCACACUUUUACGUGCGCGAUGGCCAGAUUUCCGACCCCGUGCCCCUCAUUGCAGGCCAGCGCUACUUCACGCGCGUGCAACAGCGUGACGGCGGCGGAGGCGACUUUGUCUUCGUGGCGUGCUCCAUCCGCCCCCAAGACCCGCGCAACCUCACCGUGUACCAGAAGAUGCACGAGUCUGUGCGGGAGCGGCAAAGCGUUCGCUUCUCAACGAUUGUCACGCGCGAGGAGCACACCAUCACCAUCACCGGCGCCACGGGCGGCUCGUUCUACCUCUACGGCCAGAACACCCUCUCCCGCCAGGUGAACUGGGACUCGCCGUCAAGCACCAUGGCAUACGCCAUCAGUGACACCAGCCCUUGCUCGUCCAUUGGCGCGUGGGUGCAGGACACGGUUGAGCCCAGCACCAACGAGACGGUGCGCACGUACCGCAUCCGUUACAACUGCCCAACAGAGACGGAGUUUGCGCUGCCGCAGGUGAUUGAGACGUCGACGGCGCAGCUCACGGGCAAGACGGCAUCGUUCAGCAUCGACACGCAGCGGACCGUGGCGGCAUCAGACCCCAUUCGCGGCACCUUCCGUGUCGGCUACCACAACCUGUGGACUGACUGGCUCGACUGGAGCGCAUCUGCCGACACCAUCGCCGACCAGCUUGAGCAGUACACCACCCUCACCGACCUUCGUGUGCAGCAGACGCACAACAUCCACGACGGCCGGCGUAUCUCCUUCACCUUCUACACCCCGACCGGCAACACGGACCUGCUCAUGGUCGAUGACUCGCGUCUCGAGGGCACCAACGCGUCCAUGUCUGUCGUUGUGGAGCAGGAGGGCGUGCACGACCUGAUGCUUGACCCCAUUCCCGGCGAGCACUUUCAGCGCGUCUACACCAACGUCAACUCGUCCGUGCGCGUCUUUGUGGAUGACGUGCCUGCUGGCUGCGACGAUGUUGGCACGGGGGACAGCGUGUGCGCCUUCACCUACAACGAUGACAUCACGCCCGUCAUCACCGCUGUCGCCGCCCCGCCCACCGCAUACAACGGCGACACCGUCUCCAUUUGGGGCCGCAACUUUGCCACUGUCAACACCGCCAAUGACGUCAUCAACAACACGACGACGAGUGAGGAUGGUGCUGCUGCAAACGCCACCACCACCACCACCACUGACAGCGCGCUUGCGGUUGGUGUUGCCGUGUUUAUGGGCGUGGAUGGGCCAGCCUGCAACGUCACGUUUGUCAACAGCACGUACAUUGAGUGCACGCUCGCCCACGGCGCUGCGGGCGCACAUCACAUGGACGUUGUUGUUGACGGCCAGGGUCGUGCACGCGACGACGCCAACACCACCAUCAACUACGGCUUCCGUAUCGACAGCAUCACCCCCACCUCGUCCGGCGUUGCCGGUGGCAGGCUCGUCACCAUCAGGGGCACGGGCUUCUCCGACACGAGCGACGAUGCUGUGCUGUUUGGCGGCGCUGCUGCCAUGGUUGUCGCCUCUGCGCACGACCACGCCGUGUGCGUCGUGCCCCACCUCAGCAGUGAUGACGGGUCCCUCACCCUGGCGCAGGGCAAGGCCGCCCUGGUCAACACCACCACGGUCGACGUCAACAUCACCGUCAACGGUGCCGCGGUGCCGGCCGUGUCGUUCACGUACGAUUGGGACGCCACCACGGCCAUCACGCACGUGUAUCCCUCGCAGAUCCCCAGCGCCGUGUCGACUUACCUCGUGUUUGACGGCGCGUUCCCAACACCGGGCGAGCUCGUCAGCAACAGCUCCAUGUGCAGCCCCGUCAUGGGCACAAAGGCGGCCACGGUGUUCCUCGCCGGCCACCGCGAGUGUGCGGAUGCGCAGGUGACGGACGACGGCGCGCACCUCACGUGCCUCGUCGUGCGUGGCGACGCCCUCCCCAUUACCCAGCAGGUGGACCAGGUGCCCGAGAUGCGCUUCUGCACCGCAGACGGCAUUGUGCUUGCCCGCCCGGAGCCCGCUGUGCGCGUGGACGUGGCGCACCGCGUGAGCGCCGUCUCCCCCUCGGCCGUGGGCAUGAACGGCGGCUCUGUUGUGGAGAUCCACGGCCAAGGGUUUGGCACGCUGCUCUCGUCGGCCGGUGUCCUCAUCAAGGACGAGAAUGGCACCGCUGUGACCGCAUGUCGCGUCUUCAACGUCACCAACACGCUCGUGCAGUGCACCCUCGAUGCCACCGACACCCCUGUUGAGGGUGGUGUGCUGGAGCUGCAGGUCAACGGGUUUGUUGCAAAGUGCGACGUGCCCCCGCCCGGCUCCACGCAGCCGACCAGCGCUUGCGACUUUAGCAUUCUCCCCGCGCUCACCCCUGUCAUCACCGGGGCCAGCAACACGACGGGCGGUGAGGGCACGCUGCUGCACCUGCAGGGAUACCGCUUCCAGUUCUCUGCCGAGGACCUGAUGUCAUUCGAGCACGUGGGUGCUGACAACCUCACGCUCGCCCCGCACGUCACGGUCGGAUAUGGCCACUGUCACGUUGUUGACUACACGCAGCACGACAUUUGGUGCAUGGUGCCCGCGCUCACCGCCGGCAACCACUCCAUCGCAGUCAUGGUUCCACCUGUCGGUACGGCCACAGUCAACCUCCACUACCACCACCAUCACAUGGACAUGGACAUGGACAUGGACAUGGGUAUGGCGGACAACACGACAACCACAACGACCACCACCACCACGAUGGUGAAUGCCACGCUGGCCGUCAACGCCACCAUGGCCAUGAACACCACCACAACAACAACAACAACCACGAGUACAACGACGACGACUACCACGACGACAACGACAACGACGACGUUUGAUGAUGUUGCGACGACCCAUGCCGGCCACCUCAUGUUCUCCUACCCGCUCACCGUCUCGCACAUGGAGCCACGCACGGGCUCUAUCGCUGGUGGCGCGCGCGUCACGCUCUUUGGUGACGGGUUCAACCCGCAUGAUGCAGUGCAGGGCAACUGGGUGUUGCUGGACAACACACGCGCGCUUGUAGUUGACGCCACAUACGGCAGCGUCACGUUCAUCACGCCAACGCUGCAGCAAACCAGCAUUGCGGACACGCAGACGGCGAGCCUCACAGUUCUGGUUGAGCCAUAUGGGGGUGAUAGCGAUCACGAUCACGAUCACGGUUCCUCCUCCGACACCACCAGCAGCACCACGUUUGGUGCAUCCACCAACCUGCGCACGUACAGCGACUGCCCGGUACCGGAGUUGUGCCAGUUUGCAUACAACAUGUCCCAGUCUGGCAACCUCGCCUCUGUCAGCCCGACGCAGGGCGUUGCUGAUGGCUCACUCACCCUGACUCUCACGGGCACCGGCCUGCUCGGUGGCUUCGACCCCACGCCGUACGUCAAUGCCACCAACGCCACAGUCACCCCGACUUGGCCAACCAACAUCGCCAUCUCCGUCGCCGGCGUGCCGUGCGAGAUCAACCAGACUGCAUCCACAGACACACAGGUCGAGUGCCUCCUUGGCCGCGUACCUGCAGGCACGCACCAGGUGCUUGUGGACGUGUCACCUUUUGGUGUCGUGCGUGGCGCCAAGGCGUUCACCUCCCUCCUGCAGCUUGACGACGUUGCUCCGGAGCUGGCGAGCUAUGGCGGCGGCACGCACGUCACACUCCGCGGCCGCGGCUUUGGACUGGACACCAAGCGCUCUGUUGUGACCGUGUGCGACCGUCCGUGCACCGUCAUCUCCUCCAGCUACGACACGGCCGUGUGCGAGGCGCCCAGCAUCAACACGCCCGAGUCGUACGAGGCCUUCAACAACGUGGAGCAGCAGGUCCUCUCCGGCACACCGACAGGAUACGGCGCGGUCGGCGUUGCCAGCGUGUUUGACGACGACUUCCUCACGCACUCGUGGUCAUACAGCGGGUAUCGCUCCACCUGCAGCAUCCUGUACGACCUGGGCGAGGCGUCUGUUGCCUCGCUGCACCGCAUCCGCUACUUCCCGCGCCUGCAGUACCGAACAAAGGCCGCUGGCGGCACCUUCCACGUCUCGCUUGACGGUGUCAACUUCACGCAGGUGGCCACCAUCAGUCAGGAGACAACGGAGGGCUGGACCUCCAUUGACCUCGAUGAACCCACGGGAUACAUCCGCUACGUCCGCUACAACGGGCCCGUCGACGGCUACUGCACCAUGGCCGAGCUCGAGUACAUUGGCAUCUACAUGAGCACCCUGGACGCCAACAACGCCUGCGCCGUGUCUGUUGGCGUGCACCCGCCACAGCCGCACGCCAGCAUGGGCCACGUUGCCCGCGACACCAACCACGCGCUUGUCAUGGCCACAGCGACGGCGACGUCAGCCUCCGCCUCCUCCCUGCCCGUCUCCGUGGACGGCAACGCCAACCAAACGCUUGCCUACGGCAUUGCCGCCACGCCCGUCAUCACAAGCGUCGAGCCCAAGUUUGGGUCGUCGCUGGGCGGAACCCUUGUCACACUCACGGGCGCGCGCCUGCCAACCUCCUCCCAGGUGAACGACACCACGGCCAUGGUCAACGGAUACCCGUGCCUUGUGCGCGACGCCGCCGCGGACGGCACAUGGGUGACGUGCGAGACCACCAAGCGCAGCGCGCUGAACCCACUCUCCCUGGAGCUGCGCACGCCUGCCGGCCACAGCGCCGUGUCGGAGUCGACGGUGCGCUUCCGCUACCUUGAUCGGUGGUCGCAGGUGAACACGUGGGCCAACGAUGAGCCGCCCGUGGACGGCGACACCGUGGUGAUCCCGCCAGACCAGGUGGUGCUGCUGGACGUGUCACCGCCCAAGAUGUACCUCCUCCUUGUGCAGGGCGAGCUUGUGUUUGACCGCAGGGACAUUGACGUGCAUGCAUCCUACAUCUGGGUGCAGGGCGGCAAGUUUGAGAUUGGCACGGAGGAGGACCCGUUCCUCAACCGCGCCACCAUCACGCUAUACGGCGACCGCUUCAACAGCGCCGGCAUCCCGCACAUUGGCGCAAAGGUGCUUGCCGCGAGCGACAACACGGAAGAGUCGGCACACCACCACGGCACGGGCCACGUUGUUGCGUGGCGCGACCGCGGUGUGCUUGACCUCCAUGGCCGCCCGCGCGUGCGCACGUGGACCAAGGUGGAGAGCACGGUGCACGCUGGCGAUGACCGCAUCCACCUCUCGGAGCAGGUCGACUUUGAGGAUGGCGAAGACAUCAUCCUCACCCACCACAGCGCCAUGCGCAACACGGAGGAGCUGGUGGUUGCUGGCCUUGAGGACGACGGGUACACCAUUGUCCUGCGUGACCCCGUGCGCCACACGCACGAGUCUGCCAUCCACUACAUUGCUGGCGAGCGCAUUGACAUGCGCGUGGAGGUGGGUAUCAUCUCCCGCAACAUUGUCGUGCAGGGCGAGCCGGGCAAGUCGGAGAAGCAGCGCUUUGGCUCGCACCUCAUUGGUGCACACGGCGCGCUCCUGCGCGUGGAGAACAUUGAGAUUCGGCGGUGCGGCCAGGCGGGCGUGCUCGGGCGCUACUGCAGCCACUUCCACGUGGCCGGCGACAACCGUGACUCGUACAUCCGCUCCAACUCCAUCCACCACUCGUUCCAGCGCGCCGUCACCGUGCACGCAACGCACCGCUCGCUCGUGCAGAACAACGUUGCCUACCACGUCAAGGGCCACAACUUCUUUGUUGAGGACGGCAACGAGCAGUUCAACGUGAUUGAGGCGAACCUUGGCGUGUUCACGCAGCGCCUGUUUGUCAUGCUCAAGUCCGACACCAAGCCCGCCACGUUCUGGAUGGCGUCGCCAGCGAACCACUGGCGCCACAACGUCGCCGCCGGCUGCGACAACGACGGCUACUGGUUUGAGCCGCCCACGCACCCGGGUGGCCCCUCCUUCACCACGUCCAUCUGCCCCGUGCACUGGCACAUGCGCGAGUUUUUCAACAACACGGCCCACUCCAACGGCGUGCACGGCCUGCGCAUUUACCCCUCGUACGUUCCGUUUGUGGACCCCUGUGACUCCACGUCCGGGCCCGCACCGCAGUACUUCCACAACUUCACGUCCUUCUACAACGGCGCCCACGGCAUCUUUGGCAAGCAGAACGGCGACUUGCAUCACGUCAACGCCAAGCUGGUUGGCAACGGCCAGGAGGAGUUGUUCUGGAAGAAGUUUAUUGGCAUUGAGUACAGGGAGGACGACCCCAACAUUGUCAACUCGCUCUUUGUUAACAGCGUGUCGCUGCCCGCGAAGAAGAAGACCCUCUCUGCGAUUAUGAUGCCGCAGAACGAGUUUUUCCACGUCGACGGCGCGACCUUUGUCAACUACGAGGACGCCGGUGCCAUCUCCGGGUGCGCCAGCUGCGGCUCAGACACGGACUACAGGCAGGGCGGCUACACGUUCCGCCUGGCCAACGUGCGCUUUGUCAACACGCAGCGGUAUGUGAGGUGGACGGUGCCCUUCAAGCAGAUCUUCCACGACCUGGACGGCUCGCUCACGGGCUUUGUCAACGGCACGGCCACGCCCUACUACGCGUGGAACCACUACCCGGGCCUGUGCGACCACAAGGACGCCGUGUACGACGAGGGCAUUGUGUGCAACGGCGACGUGCGCGUGCGCCGCCUGCAGAUUGACGGCAUCAACCCGGACGAGCUCGACUUUGCAAGCGUCCAGUUUUCGCAGCGCGACCACCCCAACACCACGGAGGACACGCUCGUGUUCCGGCCCAAGGAGUUUUAUGGGUAUGCCGUGCCCAUUGUGAACCAGCACUCGUACUUUGCGUCCCUGGUGAGCAUGAUUGACUUCCGCACCAUGCGCAUCCGCUACUCGGAGCCGGAGUAUCUGCGCGGGUCCAAGGAAUAUCUCGAGCUCAUGUGGAGCUACAUCGACUACCGCUGGGCGUUUGAGGUGAUUUACAACAACGGGGAGGAGCGCCCCGCCGCCUCGCUCAUCACCGACCUCUCCGUGACAGACCCGUUUGGCACCGGCAAGAUUGAUCACAACCGCCAGCUGUGGCACGUGGCCCUGACCACCUCUGGCAUCGACCACACCAUCCCCGGCACCAUUGGCUCUGGCGGGCCGUACGUGGUUGACGUGAGCGCCAUCCAGUGCGCGCCGGGCGCGUGCAACGACCUCUUCUCCACGGAGCCGCUGUACGACCCCACGUACUGGUCGGACAUCAGCAUGUGGUGUCGCGUGCCGUCGGAGCAGAAGGCGUCGUACGGGCGGUUUGGCGACGGGUUUGCCCCCUGCGAGGGCAUCACCGCCUACCCAGAGGCCGGCGACAACAUUGUCAUCAACAGCCGCAUGUACGUGGUGCUGGACAUGGACCCGCCGCGCAUCGGCAACCUGCAGAUUAUCGGCAAGCUGGAGUUCAAGGACGACGCAGACCGCACGCUGGAGGCAGACACGAUUGAGGUGUGGGGCAGCCUGCAGGUUGGCUCCAAGGGGCGGCCCUUCUCCCACCAGGCCGUCAUUCGCCUGCAUGGCGAGCGCACGUCCCCAACACUUGUCGUGCACAACUCCCGCUUCCUCGGCAACAAGGUCCUGGCGGUGCUCGGCGACCUGCAGCUGCACGGCCUGCCACCAGACGUGGCGUGGACGCGCCUUGCCAUGACGGCGGAGGCUGGCGACACCACGCUGGACAUGAUGGAGGCCGUGGACUGGGCGCAGGGCGACCGCAUCGUCCUCUCCGCAACCGAGUACAACGCAGACGCAUAUGAGACGGCGGAGAUUGCCGGCGUGUCUGCGGACGGCCUGACUGUGACGCUGACGGCGCCCCUGCAGCACCGCCACUUUGCCGACUUUGUUGAAUCGGGGCGGGGCGACGUGGAGCUGCGUGCGGCGGUGGGCAAGCUCAGCCGCAACGUGCGAUUUGAGGGCGCGACGGGCGCAGGCGAGGGUGGCGACACGUACGGUGCGCACAUUGUUGUCAUGGACGCCGCAUUUGAGCAGGGCACGCGCGUUGGCACGAGCUCCAUCACCGGCGUGGAGAUGAACAGCUGCGGACAGGAAGGCAUGGAGCACGCGUGCAUCCUGUACGUGUACGACGAGACGUUUGCGGCGGGCGACGAGCCCAUCAACGAGGUCCUCUUCUCCACCAUGUCCGACUCACACAACUACGGCGUGGUGAGCGAAGGGUCACAGGGGGUCACGCUCCACGACAACGUGAUCCACCACACGCAGCGGGAUGGCAUUGAGCUUGACACGGAGACGCAGCGCGCAGACAUCCGCCGCAACCUGAUUGUCGGCAACCACCGCAGCCCGGACGAGACAGACACGUGGGUGCGCCCACACGCGGCCAUCUUUGCAGACACGGCCUCCGUGGUGCUGGAGGGCAAUGUGGUGAGCGGGGGCGAGGAUGCCGGCUUUGUUGUCCGCGCCGACGCCUGCGACAGCACGGAGCCACGCAUCAUCGACAACGAGGCGCACGGCGUGCUGAUUGGCAUGUUUGUGAUUGCAGAGUCGCGCGGGUGCCUGGCCGUGAACCGCUUCAAGGCGUGGAAGGCGGCGCACGUGGGUAUUCUCACCGUGGACCAGCGCUCCCACUUUGAGGUGCACGAGUCUGUGGUUGCGGACUCGCACAUUGGCAUCAGCGCCAACUUCUUCAACCCUGCGCUGCACACGCGCGCGGAGGUGGUGUCGUGCAUCAUCAUGGGCAGCACGCCGGCGUCCACGUGCGACGCGUCUCUUCGCUGCCGCGCCGCGUCCAAACUGGACGUGGCCGCCACAUCAGGCACGUGCAACUCUGUGUUUGGCAACACGUACCGUCGCGUUGGCCUGCUUCUGCCGCAGGUGACCAACCGCGGCAAGACGUGUGGGCAGGACGACCUGCCCGUGUGCCGGCCCAUCACCACACCGGAGCGCCUGUGCUCCAUGGGCUGGGAGCGACGUUACGGCCUGCCCGGCACGCAGCACACGGAGCUGCGGGUGGUGGACACCGACUUUUCGCACUUCAACAGCACGGACUGCGGGCUCAAGUCUGUUGGCAUCUCGCCAAACCCGACGCAGCGCAACUACUCGCCCGAGCAGUACUACGAAGGCAUCACGUGGCACAACACGGCGCCAGACGCGCGCUUCUACUUUGCGCCUACGGGCAUCUUCCAGCACCAGUGCAACACGGGCUGCGACGCCGUGCACCUGAUGGUGGCGCAUGACCUUGACGGCAGCCUGAGCGGAAUGGGCCGUGCCGGCGUGGUGACGAGUGAGGCCAACCCAGGCCUGAUUGACGGGCACUCGCGCUGCACAACCAUGGGCGACGCGGGCGCGUUCUUCUGCCACAGCAUGCCGCUGCGCACAGCCACGUUUGAGAACAUUGACCGUGACCGCGGGUCACGGCGCAUCGGGCCCAUCAAGAUGGAGCGCAUGUUCAACGAGACGGUUGUUGAGCGGCAGCACUUCUCGCUGGGGCCCUUUGACGACGGCUGCGCCAAGCGGUUCUUCUUUGGCCAGUACCCGAUGGUGUUUGAGACGGGCCGCACAUACCGCCUGAACACGUCAAACACGCUGCCAAACAACGCGCGCAUCCGCUUCCACUCCACAGACCCGGCCGACAAGGUGCUGCUGCGCAUCUACGUGUACAAGGACAACCUUGCGCUGCGCGUGGUGAACGGCGGACAGGAGAUUGAGCCGCUGCAACGCAUUCCAACGCUGGCAGACCCGCGUGGCGCCAACGCAUAUGACGCGCGCAACACGUAUUACCUUGUGCUGCAGGGUAGCCCAUCAGCUGCGGAGCAGAUUUACGACAUCCGCACCAUCAACAAGGUGCAGCUGAACCUGACCCUCUCUGUGUCUGUUGACGAGUUCCACACCAACCGCGCGGCGCUUGUGGACAACCUUGCCGUCCUGCUCAACAUCCCCUCGUGGCGCAUCAAGGUCGUGUCUGUGCACGAGGUGAACCUGGAGAGCGCGCGCGAGGAGGCUUUGCGGAAGCGACUGGCAGAAGAGUCGAGCCGGCGUCGCCGCGCAACCUCGGACACGGGCGUUGACGUGGAGAUUGAAAUUCUGGACGCGAACAACGGCACGGUCGCCAAGACGGACGAGGAGUCCGAGCAGCAGCUGGAAGAGCUCAACACGGUCGUGGAGACGUUUGCGGCCGUUGCAUCGACUGGCGCGCUCAAGACAACGCUCCAGGACGCAGGGAUUCCACUGGAGGCGGUGGCCAUUCAGCCGCCAGCCGGCAACGGCGUGAGCGCCCAGACGUCUUUCUCUGUGGCCAUCACGACGACCACGACAACCACAACCACAACCACAGCCACGACGACGGGGGACACGGUAACGACAACAGGCAACCUGAACCCGAACAACGACAAGAGCAAGGUGGAGCAGGCGGUUGCUGUGGGCACCGGUGUUGGCGCUGGCGUGCUGCUGGUUGUGGCGGUGGUUGCUGUUGUGGUGACGCGGCAGAAGCGUGCUGCCAAGCGUGCCCGCAGCCCCGUGAUCAAGCUUGACGUGGAGGGCUACACGGGCAACAACAGCAGCAACAUUGCUGGUGUGGGCACAGCCAUGCGCACCAUGGAUGAGCCCGAGAAGGAGAGCCCGUUCUUUGUGACGAAGAUGAACAUGCGCCCGGCCUCGUCCAACGUGAGCCACGAGGUGGAGGUGGAAGACUUGGAGCGCAGCGGCGUUGCUGGCCCCAACGCCGACUCCAUCAACGAGGAGCCGGCUGCACAGGGCCGUCGGCCCAGCCUGUUUGCCCGCCUGGCCAACAGCGUGCGUCACGCGUCCCUGACCGGCGGCAGCGGCGAUGGGAACGAGAAGAGCCCGAAGGUGAAGCGCAUUCGCUCCCGCCGCGGCCUGAACCCGCUGCAGAGCACGUACAUUGGCGGCAAGCAGACGUCGGUGCGGGAGGACAUCAAGCUCAAAUCGCUGCGGAAGGUGUCGGGCCCAAGCGUUUCGGACCGUGUGGAGCAAUUCCACCGCUCGCGCUGCCGCGUUGUGUCGCG